UUAUUAAGUCCGUAGCUAAGCGAGAAUGUUGCGUACCCCAAAGCGAAUCGAAAUGUGCCUGCAGCAGCAGCUGUUGCUGUUGCUAUCGCUGCUGCUGCUGCUGCUGCUGGAAGUCAGUUUGUGCGCCGGCGAGACGCGCUGGACAGCUCCACCCAGACGCGGCAGCACCACAGCUAUGCCAGCAGUUGACCGACAUCAGCAUGUGCACCACUGGCCACCGCUGCUUGCCCCACAGCGGGAACCCAAGCCGCAGCCCGCGACAGCCAUCGACGGCCCGAUUGAGAGCUUCGAUCAACGCGCUCUGAGUGGCGAGCACGAGUACAGAUAUCGGCUGAGCAACGGCGACACGCGCUACGAGCGCACCUAUUGGCUGCACCUGGGCUCGGGCCGCACGGUGCUGGCGCGUCGGGGCUACUACUCGGUGCCGCUGCCCAAUGCCCAAUACUCGACCGUCUUUUACAGCGCAGACGAUCGGGGCUACCAUGUGGAUAUGCACACAUUAUCCGGCGAGCAGCCGCUGCUGCCGCGCAGCCUUGACGUGCCCCAUGAUGUGGCAGGCAUGCAGUCAACGCCAGCAGCUAAGCGAAAUUCAAUAAGCGUGCCAGAGCGUAACGAUGAGCAGCUCGAGCAGCAUCCAGAUGCUCCAGCCAUGGCCAGCAGCAGCAGCAGCAACAGCAGCAGCAGCAGUGGCACAGCCAAAGGUCAAACAGUGGCUAAUGUCCGUCUGCCGGCAGUGAGCCAAAGUCAGAGUCGGAGCCAAAACCGAACGAAGCCAUCAACUAUGGCCACACUGGAGGACAUUUUUGCAGCUAAAGUUGGCACAGCAUCAGCUGAUGAUGAUGAUGAUGAUAACGACGAUGAUGAUGAAGGCCAUAAGGAUGAUGGUGUCGCAGCCAGUAACAUCAAUGCAAACUGAAUGCUAGCUGAAAACGAGGGCGUAAAUGUGAGCGCAAAGAGGAUGAGCUCGAGCCGGAGGAGCAUAAGGCGAAGGAAACGGAUGAGGAUGAGUAUAAGAAUGGAAGAAUGGUGAGUUUGUCGUCAGCAUGGCAUGGCAUGGCAUGGCAUGGCAUGGUAAAGUGACAUCAAAUAGCUGCACGUGUGCAGCUGGAUCUGCUCCAGUGGCACAGUUGCCGCAGUUGCCACAGAGUCAUGGACUUAAGGGGCUUUUCGCUAUGCAGCGCUCAAGCGCCAGGCUUCGGUUGCGCCAAAUCAAAUUGUAACAAUUGCCAUUGAAUGCUGCUCUCCCUGCUAGAGCCGCAGCUGACCUGGCUCCCGUUUCACAAUCAUUUUUGGCUGUGCUGUGCUCCGUAACACAAUUUACCAGACCAAAACAGAUCAAAAGACAUCGAGACAGCAACUCAGGCUCCAAAUACAACAGCAACAAAUAUAAGACACCAACUCAACAACGAUUCACAUCAUCAAUUGCUCACAUUACGCCCGCAUCAGCAUCACCAUCAGCAUCAGCAUCAGCAUCAGAAUUAGUAUUGGCAUCAGCUUCGACUCAGACUUCAAAUUCGAUUUGAGCAAGCAAAUAUAAUAAAAAUUAUUUCAAAUAUUUCCAUAAAAACGCCUACAUGUUACCCAU